AUGUGCCAGGUAGGUGGUUCCCGCUCCAUUGCGAUAGAGCGGGAAAGCGGGACUGGGCACCUCGAGGGCCCUGUUGAUAACAGCAACACCCACCUACCUACCUUACAUAAUAACGGGCGUGAACCUGCUCCCUCGCCCAACCUUCCAUCCCUUCGAGCUCGACAUCUCGCUAUACUCUCUAAUGACAACUGGUUGACUUUUGAAUAUCUUACAAGGUGCUCAACCGCCAGCACUCACAAAUUCACUGCCGCCCACUUUGGCAAAUCGGAGAGCAACUUCCAAGUCAGGCCGUUCGGGAAAGUGCGUACAUGCGUGGAACGCGGUAGACGUAGUACGCCGUACACCACAUCGGUUCAAACCGCUCCCGAAGCCAGCAUCCAUCUACUGCCACAACCUGCAUAA